AUGGUGACACUCAAUGUGAAGACCAACCUUGAUAUUGCCAAUGGAGCACGGGGAACUAUUGAACGUAUCAUCUUGCAUUCCAACGAACCAGCAGUGGGGAACAAGCCGAUUGUUUACCUACAAUACAUGCCGGCCUAUGUUCUCGUGAAGCUGAACCGUACUCGCGUAAACCAGUUAGAUGGUUUGACAGAGUCAGUCAUACCUAUCGAGCCGGCAACGAAAACCUUCACCAUUAAUGUCAAAACAUCUCGUGGGCAAAUACAGCGCAAGACGGUGAAGCAAUGCCAACUCCCCAUUAUAGGUGCAUAUGCAUUCACCGACUAUCGUUUACAGGGGCAAACCAUUGCUCCAGUGAUCGCAGACAUUGCCCGGCCCCCAUGUGCCACCCUUGACCUUGCGAACGUCUAUGUAGCUCUGUCACAAAGCAGCGGCAGGGACAACAUACGGAUUCUCCGAGACUUUGCAGAUGAAACAGUAUUGCAACCACUUAACACCGAGCUUGCUGGAGAAGACAAUCAGCUGGAGAGACUGAACAUUGUCUCAUUUCUCCUCACCACACAGCAGUCUACAGGCCAGUAG